CCGUGACGUCACUGCUGUUCCGACCAACGCCGUACUCCCGUGACGUCACUGCUGUUCCGACCAACGCCGUACUCCCGUGACGUCACUGCUGUUCCGGUCAACGCCGUACUCCCGUGACGUCACUGCUGUUCCGGCCAACGCCGUACUCUCGUGACGUCACUGCUGUUUCGGUCAACGCCGUACUCCCGUGACGUCACUACUGUGCCGGUCAACGCCGUACUCACGUGACGUCACCGCUAUUGCGGUGACCACGUCGCGGCGUUGUUGUCGUUAGAGUGAACGCUAGCAACAAUUAGAGCUGCUGCUGUCACAGCGUCGUGCUAGCGCUGCGGGUACCUGCUGUGUAGUGUGCAUUAACUUACCGUCGCCACUGAAGGCAGACGACAUCUGCCAGUGACUGUCGUGGGAAGGCUUUACCGCGGAGCGCUUUCUCUUCGUGGCUUCUCCCUCACCUGCUUAUCCGUAGCGGAGACGGGGAAAGGAAAGGAAGACAAGAGAGCCGAUAGAAGACGUUAUCGCUACGGAAAAGGAAGACAGCAUCUGUCAGAGACUGUCGUGGGAAGCUGCACCGGAGAGCGUUCUCUCCCUGUAGCUUCUUUCUUUCCUUCUUAUUCCUAGCCGAAAGACGGGAAGGGAAAGGAAGAGAAGAGAGUCUCCAAAGAAGACGCCGUCGCUACGGAAGAGGAAGACGACAUCUGUCAGUGACUGUCGUGGGAAGCUCUACCAGGCAACGCCCUCUUCUCGUGGCUUCUUUCUAUCCCUGAGUGUCGCCGAUACCUCCCCUCCCCACGCACCUUCUCUCCUCAAACCCCGGAGAAGACAGAGGAAAGGUUAACUACUCAACAACUACAAACAACAACUAACAACAAUGUUGAGUGAAAACUUCGUGCGGAACAACAUCCGCACGUCCGGUGACGGCACGUCCAACCCUGCGCAGUCGAACGUUGACGGAGGUGCGGCGGCAGCGGCGGCAGCAGCGGCUGCGAGUGACGGCGACGUUGUAAAGCGUGGAUACCUGUACAUUAAGCGGCCGCCAGGACACAGCUGGCUUCCGUGGAAGGUGUGGGCGAAACGCUACUUCAUCCUGCGAGAGCUGACGACGCUUAACUCCGCCCACCAGGGGUCGCCGCACUCGCGCUCGCUCACAUUCGAGAUGUACUGCAGCCUCGAGGACCAGUUCAAGCGCUGUCCCCGCAAGGUGGCGUUCGAACUACAGGGAACGUUGCACGUAUGCAACACGCGCGGGUCUAGUCGUUACAAGUUCACCUUUGUCAUUGUCUCCGACGGCUGUAACCCACUCAUCUUGGCGGCCGACAGCGAACUGGUCAAGCAAGAGUGGCUGAAGACGUUUGCACGCAUUAUCUCCGGCAAGCGGACGAACAAUAAUUCGAACGACGACGGAAUGACCGUAGUGUCCGAGCCGGCGUACGACGGCAUGUCCAGGUUCGGACGCACGGCGGGGCGGUCAAGCGAGCACGGCAGUCCGGCAGCGUCAGUGGCGUCCGCGCCGACCGUGGCCGGAUCCCUCUUCUCACUGCCCGUCUACGAAGGACGCGAUUGCUCGAUAAGAGGAGAAGAGGCGGAGGAGGAUCUGUGUAAGAUGUAUCCGGUGCGGAUCCAGCCAACGUUCACAUCCGAGCAGUACCGACUCACGGGAGAUUACAUGCUGAAGGUCACCUCCCAAGGUCUCGCCGUCUAUCGACCCGGAAGUGACGCCGAGGUCAUGUACUGGCCGCUAAAGCACAUCCGCAAGUUCAAGAACCACGAGCCGCGGACGCCGCGUCACCAGAUCAGUAUCGUUACGCUGGAGACCGGCAGGCGCAGUCCGACGGGUGACGGCCUAAUUCAGCUAUCGACGAGAUACGGGCGCGACCUGGUGCGCGAGAUCCGCUCGCUCGUAUACCAGAAUGCACUGCACCGUCGCAUCCAGUGGUUCCAGGACGCAAAGGUCGGCAACUUGCUACGUCAUCGCGAAGGCAUGCCGGGUAAUUAUACCACGAUGUGA